UUUUUUUCCUUCUCUCUCGUCUGUUCUCUCUCCCUAUAUAUAUAUAUAUAUAUCUUUCUGUCUGCGGUAGCUGUCGCGUUUUGUGAAAUAAUCAUCAUUGCUAAAGCUUAUAGUAAAGAACGCAUGGCUGCCAAUCGGGUACUCGUUUACGGAGGAAGAGGCGCACUAGGUAGCAAAAUUGUUCAGCACUUCAAAUCUAAAGGAUGGUGGGUAGCCAGCAUCGAUAUCGUUGCCAAUGAGGAGGCAAACGCGAACGUGCUGGUGAAGUUAUCCGAGUCAUUUACCGAGCAAGCGGGGCAGGUGACAGCAGAUGUGGCACAGUUGCUAGGGGACCAGAAAGUAGAUGCCAUCUUGUGUGUGGCAGGUGGAUGGGCAGGAGGAAAUUGCAGCUCAAAAGACUUGUACAAAAACACAGACAUGAUGUGGAAGCAGAGUGUGUGGACCUCUACCAUCUCUAGCCACCUGGCUGCUGUUCACCUGAAGCAAGGGGGACUGCUGACUCUGGCUGGGGCUAAAGCAUCACUGGGUGGCACUAGUGGCAUGGUGGGCUAUGGCAUGGCCAAGGCAGCAGUCCACCAGCUCUGUCAGAGUCUAGCUGGAGAAGACAGUGGGAUGCCCCAUGGAGGUGUGGCUGUAGCCAUACUACCGGUAACCUUGGAUACGCCGAUGAACAGGAAGUUCAUGCCCGAUGCAGACUUUGGUUCCUGGACACCGCUGGAGUACAUUUCAGAGGCCGACUUCCCAGUUAUUCGCAAGAGGAAGCGACGCUGGUACAGAGGACAAAGAGCCGGAUGCCUCGUCAGGACCCGCAGAAAGCGAGUAGGAAAGCUGCCGUUACCGUCAAUAUUACUCGCCAACAUGCAGUCAUUGGACAAUAAAUUAGACGAGAACGUUCUUCAAUUGGGCCACUGGUGCAGAUCGUCCAGCAUCGGGCAGUCUGAUGCAGCUCACUACUGUGGGAGGCAAGACACAGACACUACCCACGCAAUAGAGAAGAGGGAGGGAGAGAGAGACAAUGAGAGAGCGGGAGGGAGGGCUAGUUGAGCGGGAUGGUUGGGAGAGAUGGUGAUAGGGCGGGUCGGGAGGGUUAAAAUUAGUCACAGGGAGAAAGGGGAUGAAUGCUUGGUUGAAGAUGUUCCCUCUAAGAACUAUUAUCUCAUAACAAAUUGUUUGUAUUUUUGUGUCUUUUGAUGUGGUUUUAUUCCUCGGUCUCAAUUUGAAUAAAACUCCAUAUGAAUCAUAA